AUGUCGUGCUCAUAUGUCGAGUGUGGAGACUAUCAAGUAACACCUGUACUCAUGGCACCUUGCGACUCCAUGCCGUGUUGUGAUGGUCCAGCCCUUUGUUAUCCCUGUUUGCCUCGCUGUCCAAAAGGCCAAAUUGUUUACUGCUGUGAAAGAAAGCCAAGUCGGCCACCGAAAGACGAAAGUUGUUGCCAAUCGAAUAAACCAAAGUCCAAUGAUCGUCAACGAGAUCGUGAAAGAGACUGUUCGCCAAACCACUGCUGUCCACCCUGCAAGCAUCCUACAUGUAAUCCAGUUAAAACUAAAUAUGUUAUACCAUGUUACCGCUAUGAAGAUGGCCGUAUAGAACAGUACAUGCCGACACGACACGGUAGGCUGCCGGCUUCUGCAUACCGUCGAAACGGAAUGCAGGAUCAAAUGCAUGGUUAUAGAGGAGCCAUCAGAUACUUAUGUGCUGGUGGUCAUGAUUCGUAUAAGCCUUGUGUUUACACAGCUGUUGAACCUAUUCGUAAAGUAUUUCCGAGGAUAACUCAAGAAAUAUUACCAGUUAACCCCAUGCCCUCAUCUGCCUUAAAACGAAAUGGACUUCAGGAUCAAAAAUUUAUUGAAAGUGGUGGCAUUGCUUAUAUAAGAAAAUGUUGGCGCAACGCGCAGUGGAGUGACUAUCCAUUCGCGUUUGCUGUCAAACCCGCGAAGAAACUCCCUGUACAAAAGUUACCCGUGUCUGCAUUCAAGAGGAACGGGAUGCAAGACCAAGAACACUCAAAACUUUUGGGCACCACAAACUUUCUUAAGAGAUGUCCCCGAGAUGUAAUGUUUGAAUGUGACGUUUGUACACAACCAGUAAAAGUUAACGACCCAGUUAAAGUACCAGAGCUGCAAAAAUCUGAAUUAUGCUGUAGAGUCUUUAAGAAGAAACCUAUCGAGGUGAACCAACCCACUGUACUCACGCGUAGAGCUUGUGAAGUGGCUGUGGGAUGUAGGCCCAGGCGAAAGCCAUUUUGUGCACAUUCGUACUGCGCAGACGAAGAGCAGGAGGUACAUCGAUACGUGUCUGAAGAUGAGCGGGGUAAUUGUUGCUACCAUUUCGAGAAAAAGAAAAACGGGAGUGGCUUGAACUACUGUCAGUCGUGUCACUCGUGUCCCCAUUACGCAGAUUGCGUCCCAGCGAAGGCGAUGGAGCCUCCAAAGAACUGCUAUUAUUACUGUUGUUGA